CACGACCGGUCAUGCACGAUUGUACGCUACGCAUCAGACGAUAGAUGUGCCUGAUAAAUGCACCCUGACAUUUUACGGUUAUGCACAAUUGUGCACGCGUUCGCGUAAUUCGACCGAGUCGGGAGUGAUCGCCGUCGUGGAAUGAAGACGCGAUCUUGUCGGUGAUCUGCGCGUUUUUCCUCAGCGGAAAGGUUAUGUUCAUCACCGUCGGUUGGACGACGGGGCCAGUCGCGGUACUUGAAUACAUGCGUUUCAUCGACGCGCGGCUCACGUUGUCACGAUGAGAACCGGCGGCAUGCUAGACGGCCGUGAGUUCGGCAAGCGUGUUCGUCGCCUCCUGGACGGCAAUUUCUCGUAUCGCAGGAUCCUGCUGAUCGUCCUGGUCUGCAGCGGUCUGCUGCUGUACUUCGGUCCGUCCUUCGCCCAGUGGCUCUUCUCCACCGCCAGAGAGCCUAUAGAAGCGUUCGAAGACCAUUGCAUGAAUGAGAGACUAGCCAGUUUCUACUUCGAUGCGAUUGAAUAUAAUGCAAAUAUCUUACACAAUCCACCCAAGGAGAAUGAGCAUUCUUAUCUGCCAUACAUUGGCAACGGUGUCUUUGGUGUUCCCGUGACUCCAGACGGUUGGCUGUACAUCAAGCAUGGGAGAGCACUGUUGUUGCCGGUGCAGUGGCAACCUCUGAUCUAUCAUCCCAUAUCCAAGGAUAGCUCCUACCGAGAAGCUACCAUCGUUCAUUUCACAAACGGGAUUGUCUACAAGUAUCAGUGCCUUAGAGAUGGAUAUCACGUAGACUUUCAGUACUAUGCUCAUAGAGGUCUCGAGGGGAUCUUGGUGCAGGCUGUAAAGCUGUCCAAUCCAUUUUCGCUCUCCCAUGAGAUACAAUUGAAGCCGCAGGAGUCCAGUCGCUGGAGUAAUUCUCACAUAGAGCCCGUCAGGAUUCAGGUCGACGGAUUCAGUCACGAGUACACUCUCAUAUCCGGAUUCGUGCCGGUGCCCAACUCCAACAAAAUAGUGGUAGUGUCGAUAGUCUACAAGGCUCCGCCUAAGGUGGUGCAGGUGAAAGCGCGCAGCUCCAUCAAAUUGGAAUUUCUGUCGAGUAUUCAGUACAGCGAGCCAGUCCUGUCCGAGCAGUAUCAUGUGGAACGCGAUGCGACCAAAAAGCGGGCAAUCGAUUUUAUGAAGAAGACGAUCAUACGCCAGCAACGAGGCUUGAGGGAAGAGCACGUGAAUCUCUGGCAGAGCUAUUGGUACACGAGCUUGAGGAUAAGCGACUCUAAGGCCGAGGGUGCUAUCAACGGCCACAAGAUCAACUCCACUAUGUAUUACGUGCUAUCUCAGGUGCCGCGCGGCACUCAAGACGUGGAGAAGAACGUUGCCAUGAACGAGGGUUGCUAUCGCGGUCAUCAUACUUUAGACGCCCCCCGCUUGUGGAAGGAUACCUCAACGAUCGACGACGUAAAUGAGAUCGUCGAGGCGUGGUUAAUAACGUUGGAGAAGCAAGGCUGCCAUCACUUGGUGACGGGUGGCCCCGCGGCCGUGCAGCAGGCGAUCGUGCUGAGUCUCGGUAGUCUGAGAUUCAGUAAUCAGCAUCUCGAGUUUAACAUCGAUCCGCAAUACCUUCAUCGCGAUUACCUCUUCAGGCGUAUAAGUUACGGGAACCUAACGCACGUGAACAUAUCCGUGACAGUCGGCGAGGAUAAUCGCGCGAUAUUGGGGGUAGCUUUGGACAAGAGCGAUAGCGUUUACUUCGGAUGCGAUGCUGGUUGCUUGGACGCACCGGUCCCUCUCAGCCAAACGUACACGAACUUCCCCGUGAAGCUGACGAAACCGCUAACAGCGAUACUUUACAUAACAUCCGAUCAUCAGCAUAUGCAGGAUCUCCGAAAUGCCUUGCACGUGCACGAGGUGGACGAUGCACCGGCGCAUGACCAUCAGGUAAUGGCUCUACACAAGCACGGACACCAACUCGGGGGUCUGCCCACGUUGUUCUGGGUCAGCAUAUGUUUCCUGAUAAUUGUGUUCCACCUAUUUCUGUGUAAGCUGAUUUGUAACGAGUAUUACGGCCAGGACCGGCAGCGAAUCCGAUACAAUAAACCGUGAUAUGGCUGUACAUAAAACUUUCCUAUUGUCGCAAUAUGUACAUAUGUAUAUUGUUGUAAUGUAUACAUAUAUAUUUUUCCAAGUGUCAUGUAUGUGACAGGUUAAUUAUUUUUCGAGCAACGCGGGUGGGUGCGUAUGUGUGUGCGUGCGUGUAUGUGUUCUAAUAUAUAAAUCGUAUUUUUUAUAGCGCCGAUUGUAGCAAGUACAUAGGUUUGCGAUUAUUACAAAUUAUUUUUUCGUACAAUAGCGUGAUUAAGAAUCAGGCGAGAUCAUCAUUCUCACCUAAACACAUCUAAAGAUUGUUAUUCUUUUAAAUUGAGCGAUCGAUUCUUAGUUUAAAAAGAAGGAGCACAUCGUUCAGUGCGUUUCCCUUUUCUCAUAUUUUUCAUAUGUCGUUGAUUUGCAUUAUGGACUAAUUUAUUGGGUUCAUAAUUCACGCCUUAAAGUUUUUCGUUGCGAACGUUGGCUGUCCGUCGAGCUGAGUCGACAUGACACUAUCAGGAAAAAGGAUUAAAGAUUGAUUGGCCACCUCUGAUGUUGGCUGCGCGACGAGAAUGAUUUGUCGACAACAUUUAUUAUAGAAUAUGUUAAAAUAAUAACAAACUCUACUACCAGCGUAAAUAAACGCGUACAUAAUCAGUAACAACGUAGGAUGAUUUAAUAAGAAUCUACGCAUAUUAAAUGGUGCUUGCAUAAUGGCAAAAUAAUAAAUGUGGCCGCGCGUGAGUUGUACUCGGAAUGUUUGUGAAUGGUUAUCAUCGUUAAUAACGAUGAAUGGCUGACGGGAUUAAUCCUCACCCGACUGAAAUAUACACACAUUUAAUACACGAUAUAUAUAUAUACACGCGCAAUCAUAAUUUUAUCUUAUCACAGGAAAUUAAAGAGGCAAACCGAUGUUUUCGACGAUUUUUCUACACACAUGCGCUUUAAAGCAAAAUAAUCACAACGCAUUUCUUGUUCAUGUUACAUGUUCGACAUAGUUUUCCUUCUAAAAAUUUUAAAAUAAUUAAAAGCGUCAGAUAUUUAUUGCGGCGGAAGUUCAGCGCGAAACAGGACUUCAGAAUUUUCCAAUUAUCAUGUAAAAAUAAUAAAUAAAUAAA